UGCUCACAUUGCAGUUUGCAUAAAUAGCAGAUCAUGAAGAAUCAGAGGCUUUCUAACAGAAGGGAAGGUUCUGCACAACUGCUAAGAACUGACCGGAAGAAUGCAGUCUGCCAUCUGUCUCUGUUUGAUACUGGCCAGCCUCUCCAAUGGGCACCACCUGGGUCCAGAUGAACAGAACAGCACACAGCUAGCUACUAGGCUAUAUCCAAAUGUUGGCCGUUUUGCAAUUAAAUUUAUGAGUCUGGCUUCUUCAGCCUCACCUGAUAAAAAUAUUUUCUUCUCGCCCCUCAGUAUAGUCUCCACCUUUUCCAUCGUUUCAUUGGGGGCAAAAUCUGCCACACGCACUCAGAUCCUAGAAGGCCUUUGCUUUAACCUGACAGAAAUUCCAGAGAAGGAGAUCCACCAGGCACUCCAUAAUGACUUUUCCACGCUCACUCGCUCAGAUUCUGGGUACCAACUUGAGCUAGGAGACGCUCUGUUUUUAAGGGAGGGCCUGGAGGCAUUACCAACCUUUCUGGAUGAUGUCAAGGCUUUUUACGCUGUAGAGGUGUUGCCCACGAAAUUCCAGGAGCCGAAAGAAGCUGAGAAACAAAUCAACGAUUAUAUAGAGAAGAAGACCCACGGGAAAAUUUCGGAGAUUGUCAAGGGUCUUGAUCCAGAUACCUCACUGGCUGUAGCUAACUACAUAUUCUUUAAAGGUGCCUGGGAAAAACCUUUUGAUCCAGCUCACACAGAAGAAAGGGACUUCUUUGUGAAUGAACACACAACUGUCAAAGUCCCGAUGAUGCACAGGUUGGGCUGGUUCCGGUAUUACUAUGAUACUGAAUUACAUUGCCAAGUGCUACAGAUGGACUACAAGGGGAGUGCCACCACAUUCUUUAUUCUGCCAGAUUCCGGAAAACUCAAGCAGGUAGAGGAGGCUUUCUCAUUAGAUACUUGGACCAAAUGGGCAGUAAAGGUUCAACGUGCUACAGCAUCUGUGUUCCUUCCAAAGUUUAAUAUUUCUGCCAAAUAUGAACUAAAGGAGCCCCUCAGCAAAAUGGGCAUUACUGAUGUCUUCAGUGAUCAAGCUGAUCUGACAGGAAUCACUGGGCAGCCUUUGAAGGUGGCAAAAGCUACCCAUAAGGCUGUGCUCACCGUGGAUGAGAAAGGGUCAGAGGCAGCGGCAGCCACUGUUGUGGAAGCCAUACCUAUGUCUUUGCCUCCAACCUUAGAAUUCAACAUGCCUUUUUAUGUGCUAAUGUAUGAAAGACAGACCAACUACACAUUGUUUGUGGGCAAAAUAGUAAAUCCCGUUCAGCACUAAGUGUCAGUGAAUUCUGAAUGCAGCUCUGAAAUAAAGCAUCUUGGCAACCUAAAGUUAA